CAAAUUCAAGUCUGCAACUGCCUCUGCCUCUGCCUUUCUUUCUUUCUUCUUCUUCUUCUUCUUCUUCUUCUUUCUAAUUCUACCAACCAACCAACCUGCAAACUACCGUUAUGUCUGCUUCUUCAAUUUCUAAUUCAUAUCCUACCGUACUUCCUUUUCACCUUUUCCCCCCACACUCGUACAGAAUGAGACGGUUGCUGCUAUCCACACCCACGGACACGGCGGCGCCGCCACGAGCCGACAGCCACAACGCGACGGCGGACCCCUACGCUGGGCAUUAUAACUUUGAUGCAAAUGUUGUGAUGGUGCUCUCGGUGCUCUUCUGCGCCUUGGUGUGCUUCCUGGGGCUCAAUUUCCUCAUUAGGUGUGCGGGGAGAUGCUUAGGCCUAGGAAGAGGAGGAGGAAGAGGAGGAGCCGCCGCCUCCACCGGAGGAAUCAAGAAGGCGGCUCUCAAGACUUUCACUACGUUCAACUACUCGGCGGCGGAGCUGAAGGUGCAGCCAAGGUUGGACACGGAGUGUGUGAUAUGCCUGUCGGAGUUCGUAGCGGGCGAGCGUGUGCGGAUCCUGCCCACUUGCAACCAUGGGUUCCAUGUCCGCUGCAUCGACAAGUGGCUGAAUUCACACUCUUCCUGCCCUACCUGUCGCCACUGCCUCCUCAAGACAUGCCAUAAGAUCGUCGGCCAGCCCGGCAGCUCUGUUCCGCCGCCGCCGCCGCCGCCAGAAAUAAUCGUGAGCAUUAUUGCACCCCUUGAACCUGAAGCAUUAGUGCGUAGCUACCAAUUGUAGCUGUAAAGGGCGCAAAUUAAUUUUCUUUUUUGAAGGCAAUACAUAUCACAAUUAAAUUAAUCAGUCCACAGUGUUAGGGGAAAACCAAACAAAUGUACCAAAACUUGUAAAAUAAAAUUUUACUCAUUUUGGUCGAUGAACAAAAUUUC